AAUUAAGUGAUUAACGGCCAACCAACAUUACAUUGCAUUGCAUUAUAGUGUAAUAGGCCAUAGAGCUGAAAUUGUUGGAAGGCGCUAAAAACAAAAGAUGAAUCAGACUUACUUUCUCACUUUCUUUCGAAAUAUUUAUACUUUCACAGGAAAGAACCUAUAUUUAUAAAUUUAUGAAUUCAAUUUCUUUUUACUUUAAGAUGGAUAAUUAACAUUAUCCAUUUUCUUUGUUAUUCAAGUAUUUCAAAAUGGCGUAAAUUAAAUGUGUACAUUACAAUCUCAUAAAGCACAGUGCAAUUUUCUUAGGUAAAAAGAAAAAAAAAAAAGAAAAAAAGCAACAAAUAUAACAAAUUGUAUUAUUGAUUUUUUUCCCCAUCAAAUAUGAAUAACGAAUGUGUUUGCACGAGAUGUUAUCAUCCAACGAACGAGUUCAUCAAUAUCGAGGCUCCUUACAGCGAAGUCUCGCAAGAAAUUGGCGAUACUCGUAUAUCCAUUAAAGUUUCUAAGCGUGCCGAGGAGUCGUCUUUUAACAUUGACAGCAAUUGCGCGGAUGCAUACGGCAAAAAGUGUCGAGAAGGUUGUACCAGAAUGAACAUAAUCCCUAACGAAGAACCACCUCCGAAGGCUCCAGACGAAAAAAUGUUUUUAUUAAAAUCUAUAAGACAAAUAACUCCCAAUGACGAUUUAAAAAAGGCCCUUGAACUCGAGUUUAAAUUACCACGAAAUUAUAUACCUUUACCAACGGUAGUACCUCCAUCUCCGAUUAUAAAAAUUCGAAGAACCGAUCGAGGAACUGGCAAAAAGAAGCACAAGAAGAAAAAGAAAAAAUAAUUGGAAUUUUAUGAAUACGCCUACGUAAUAUCAGAAGCGUGCAACUGUGCAACGAUAAAAUUAAAAUGGUGUACGUAUGUAUGAAAAUAUAUUUUCUUGCGCGUUUAUAAAAAAGAAAAAAAUUCCUCUUUUUUCUUCUUUCUCAUAUAAAUGCAUUUCUAUACACGCUCAGAGAUAAGAAAUUUUACAAUAAAAAAUAAUAAUAUAAAAGAAAAACAAAAUACCUUAAUUAAAAAUUAAUAUUAAAAAAUUGAUUAAAAGAAUAUACGUCUACUUGUUAGAACCUUCAUGUUUUAUUCGCUAAUAAAUUAUGCUUUUUCAUAAUAUAUACAUUAAUUAACUACUGUACAAAUUCGAUAUACAUUUACAGACUGUGCAGUAUAAAUAUGCUCAGACCUUUCAAGAAGUAAAUUGAUACCACGUUUAA